AUGAUCGACCGCGUGGACGACAACCGGAUUCGCAACGGGACCACAUUUGCAGAGGUGUGGGAUAGGAAUAUUUGGGUGACGGUGGCGGGCUUCUUUCAUGUGACGAGGCCGGAGAGGGUUAUGUAUAGUGUGGAUUAUCCUUUUGUGGGGAACGAGGUGGGGUGGGAGUUUGUGCAGGAGUUGGCGGGGAGUGGGUUGUUGGGGAGGGAGGAGAUGGAGGGGUUUGCGUUUGGGAAUGCUGAGAGGUUGUUGGGGUUGCGGAAAUAG